GGGCGUUGCGCCUGGGGCGCCACCCGACGCCGUGGCUGGGGCCAGCGCGGCCCUUGUGGGGGCCCUGGCGGCGCUGCCUGCUCCAGGAGAGGGGCCGCCGCCUGGCGCGCCGCCGGCGCCUGGGCCCCCGCUGCCAGGGGCGAAUGCUGCCGGCGCCAGAGGUGGCGACGUGGCAGCCGCUGCAGGGCCGGCGCCCGCCGGCGGUGGCGCCGUGGCGCUGGCGCGGCUGGUGGACGUCUCCUGCAUUGGCUCGCCGGCCCUGCAGCUCGACGCUUUCACGGCCGGCACGGUGCUGGAAACGCUCACGCACGACCCGACGGGCGAGGUCGUGGAGGCGCGCGCGCCGGGCCCUGACGGGGUCUACCUCUCCGUGAGCCUCGGGGGCGGCUCGCUGCCGGCCCACGCCCUCGAGCUGGACCCGAGCUUCCCCGUCCCAGGCGCCGGGCGGCCAGGGGCCCUGCACCCUUGUGCGGGCGGCGCCGCGGCCUGCAGGGCCUCGCGGCUGGACGGGCGCGGCGAACGGCACGCCGCCUGGCUGCGCCGGCGGUCGGCUCGGAGCCUGGUCGAGCCGUGCCCGCUGGUGGCUGGCCGACGCCGUCACGCGCAGUCGCGAAGCGAUGGCGAGGAGCAGGCCGGCGGCGACCAGCUGGAUUUUCGCGUCGCCCCCUCCCGCGGCAACGCCGUUCUGGCGGUGGCCGACGGGCGCCCAGGCACGCUGCACGACGAAGCGACUGCCCAGAUCGCGCGUGUCGUGGGCCUGCGGGAGGGGGCGGUCGGACAGGCGGUGCGCCCUCGCAUCAGGGGCUACCUCCAGGCCCCGGUCUUCGGCCACCACCCGUUCCACUCGGUCGGGGAGCGAGCGGCGCGCGACCUCCAGGCGCUGGCCGCAGCGAUGGACCCGCUCGAGGACGGUUUGCUGGCGUCGCUCGCGGACGCGCUGAGGCAGCGGUUCAGGGCGCUGGAGAUUGCGCUGAACGACGGCAGCUGGUACAUUGCCAACGAGCUGGAGGCGGACGAGAGCAUCCGCCCGACGCUCGCCUUCCGCGAGGAGCAGGAGUCGGCGCGGAGGAGACGGCGGCUGCGGAGCCGCCCCGAGGGCCCUCUCCAGGGCGGCGCCGCGGGCGCGGGAGCGACCCCGCUCGCCGCGGUCGGGCCUUCUCCGCGGCGAGGCGCGGCGGAGCCCGCCCCGGCGGGGCCGCAGCGGCCGCGGGCCAGGGUGCCAGCGGGCCGGAGGGUCCCGCAGCCGAUCGCGAGCCCCCGCUCUGGUGCUGCGGCGGCGCCGGGCCGCGCGGAGCUGCUGGGCGCCCCCGAAGUCCGCGCCUUCCGUCGGGACCAGCCGGCAGCGCAGGCGGGCGCCCCCCUGGCGGUGCUCUUCCGCACGUGGCAGGAGAAGGCUGGGGCUGCUGCCGAGCCCUUCCGCCGCCCGCUGCACGCGGGCCCGAUCCUCGAGGAGCGGACGCGGGAGUUCCUACGGUCGCUUGGGGUCUACAGGGUCAAGUUCACGCACAGCGGGCAGCGGGCUUCGGCCAACUAG